UAGCCCAAAAAAGUGUGCGAGUUACAUUUUGACAGCUAGUAUCAGCUGUGAAUAUAUUUUGAUGUCAAUACUUUUGUUACAUAUUUUGCGAUGGCAGAGAACGCAGAAAUCGAUGAAGUAUUUUUAUUUGCGCAAUUUGGCAAAUUAAUGGAAUUAUAUAGUCAGCAUAAUAAAUUGAAAGAGAGAUUCUUAGAAGAAUAUCCAAAGCGCGAGCUUUUAUGCCAAAAUGGAUAUACUUCGGCAAUAUUUAGAGCUGUUGUGGGGAAAGAUAAUUCAAUCAUAAGAAAACAUUUAAGGCUUACAGUAAUAGCAUUGGAAAGAGUUUUCAAUUACGGUGCAAGGUUUUUAAAUACUAAAACAGGAUGGAAUGACCGGUUUAUUAUUACUGUAUUUUUAUAUUGGCUUGGCUGUGGUGCAAGCUAUCGUGUAACAGGAGCUUCGUUUGGAAUUUCGAGAUAUACUGUGCGGGAUAUUGUUUACAAGUGCUUGAAAGGGUUCCUUUCAUUAAAGUCAUCGGUUAUUAAAUAUCCAGCUGAAAGUGAGUGUGAAAGCAUUUCUACAAAAUUUAACCAACGAGCCGGUACUACAAUUUUCAAUCGUGCAUUAGGUGCCAUAGAUGGAACACAUAUACCAAUAGCUGUGCCUGUACGACUUCGUGAUCAAUACAUGAACCGAAAGUCAUUUACAUCAAUCAAUUUACAAGCUGUAUGUUCCAGUAAUAAGGAAUUUUUAUCUAUUUGUGUUGGUUUCCCAGGAUCGGUGAACGAUGAGCGGGUUCUACAAAGCAGUGAAUUAUUUAAUUUGCAAAAUUUUCCUCCACCAGGCUACUACCUGCUAGGCGAUAGUGGAUACUGUUGUCGGACUAGUCCAAUAGCAAUUCUCACUCCAUAUAAAAGAUUGCAACCGUUAACAGCAAGACAAAAGAAAUUUAACGAGCUUCAUAGUAAGGCUAGUACUGUUAUUGAAUGUACAUUUGGUGCAUUGAAAAUACGUUGGCGCUCAAUUUUUGAUAAAGUUGUUAGGUUAAAUCUUGAACACUGUGUUCAAACAAUAGCUGUGGCAUGCAUUAUGCAUAAUAUAUGCCUGAAUGAUGGACUUGAUCUGAUUGAAGUAAAUAACAUCGUGGAGGAUUGUCAUUAUGAAGGAGUUGCUACUGAGAAUGAAAAUAUUGAUGCAAUUUCUAUGCGCGAUGAAAUUGCAAACAACAUUC